GAUGUCUAUUUGGACGUGAUCAAUUUCUUCAACAGGCAGCGCCCACUUCUUGCAGAUCUCAACAGCCACGACAAGGCUGUUAAAGUGGUGCGAUUCAGUCAAUUAGUCUAAAGACUUCUUGGGCAUGACUUGACGCUAAUUUUUCGCAUGAAUCAAGCUCAGAUUGUUCUGACAGUUGGCGCCGUUGGUGGAACGAUCCUCCAUAUGGGGCCAACAUUCCACGAGCUCUAUUCAUCGAGUGCAGUAUACAAGGAGUGGAAGCGAAGCUUUGGGAAGUGCUACUCUUCGUCAGUUGACAUACAAAGGCUGAGGAAGGCAAAUGAAGCAUAUGAAGAGGUUCUCUUCCAUAACUUGGGAACUGCUACAACGAACGUCCGUUCCAUAAAUCCCUUGGUGUUUGAAUCAUCUGGAACUUUGUUAAGCGGGGCUUGGGGCUCGCCCCUCAGUCAAGAUGCUGUUGAGAAAAUUGCUUUGGAGGUUUCCGAAGAAAACGCUCUGAACAUGGCAAGAGGUCGUUCGUGGGAGGAUAAACUGGAUCUCUCAUCCUCGACUCCCACAGCUCGAUUAUUUCUAGGAAGCGGUCUCCUACUAGGCCUCGGACCAACGCAAGCUGCAGAAGGGGACCUUGUAUGCCAGUUUGACAGAACGAAUGUCGUAGCAAUACUUCGCAAGGAAGAAGUGAGAGACAUUUAUAGACUUGUUGGCAGUGCGGAUCUCUCCACGGGGCAUUUAGAGAAGGGAAUGACGGGCCGGCAAGAAUGGAUUGUGCCUACAGCUGAUGCAGAGUCCAUGGCAAUACGUAUGGAUAUUAGGACCUUAUACAAGUUGACCUCUCCUUUUCAGGUUGAUUAAAUGGAGGUUAAAGUUGUUUCUACAUAAAUAAGCUAACGCGAGCACCUCUUCCUUCGGUCUUGUAAUUGAAUCUG